ACUGGCUGCACAGCUCAGCUCCUCCCACCACUUCUCCCUCCCUCCCUCAUCCUGAGUCACCUUUUUGGAGUUUUGGAGCUUUGGAGUUGAGCACCAUGGGGACGCUAAACGACCAGGCAGUUUUGCAGGCCAUCUUCAACCCCGACACCCCAUUUGGAGACGUUGUCGGGUUGGACCUGGGAGAGGAAGCGGAGGAAGAAGAUGAAGGUGGAGUUUUCCCACAAGCACAGUUGGAGCAGUCCAAGGCCCUGGAGCUGCAGGGAGUGACCGCGGCAGAGGCUGGCGACCUCAGCACAGCGCUGGAGAGGUUUGGCCAAGCCAUCAACCUGCUGCCCGAGCGGGCAUCAGCCUACAACAACCGAGCCCAGGCCCGGCGGCUGCAGGGAGACGUGGCAGGUGAGGGGAGGGGU